GCCGUGCCCGGAUCUGCCGGGCUGCAGGCCGACGAGCUGGCUACGGAAGGUUCUGCGGGGACAGAGGAGGGGAACGCCGAAACUCCGGCAUCCCCCCGGCAUCCCCCCGGCUCCCUGGGGGUGUGGUACGGCGAUCCCACCGGCCGCUCCUCCCGUCCCAACCCACUUCCUCCCCUCGGGUUGCGCCUCGAGGCGCGUUGGCAUCUGUGCCUGCUGACCAGGCUGGGAAGGAACACGGACAGACGGCCCCGGGCAGACGGAGCUGCCACUUGUCACCGCCGGGACCUCGCCUAGCCCAGGGGUGACGGGGUCAUCCCCGGGCAGGGAGAUCGGGUCAGCCCCACGGAGCUGCACCUCCCGCCAGCGGGGACUGCGCAUGCCCCGGGAAGCCGCGCAGGCGCCCGGUGCGUGUGUAUUUGUGUGGCGGUUGCGCGGGACGGUGCCGGGAUGAACGCGGUACCGGGGCUGCAGCAGGACUGUGAGGAGCUGCUCGGUGCUUUUCAGGAGGCCGACACCGUCCGCUUCGAGCGCUUCGCCGAGCUGUGGCGGGAGCGCCGCUUCCACACCAUCUUCUAUGGUAGAAUAAGAGCUUUGGAGAGGAAUAAACUGACAAAGAAGACUUUAGAACUGGCACAGCAGUACUUCUUGCCCCCCUAUGCUUUCCAGAUUCGAGUUGGUGCUCUGUAUCUUUUGUACGGGCUCUAUAGCACGCAGCUUUGCCAGCCAAAACAAAAGAUCAGAAUUGCUCUCAAGGACUGGCCUGAAAUCCAGAGAUUUCAACAAGAUCUGAUAGACUCCCAGCAUUAUGAUGCUGCAUACAUCUUUAGGACACUGCGACUUGCCAGAGCAUUCCAUUUCACAGCAAUGCCAAAGCUGCUAAACUAUCGAACUAAGAAGAAGAUUCAGGAAAAUGAAUUUAAAGAAGAAUUUAAGGACCCAAGUAACAGAGUGAACAGCCUCAUCACUAAUGAUGUACUGGAGGAACUGAUGAAUAUCCAUGAACACUACCGGAAAAUGAAAUGUGUUAUUUCAGCUGACAAAUCCCAGCCAGACAAGUCACUGAGCUUGAUAAAAGAUGAUUUUGUAGUUACUCUCAGAGACAUAACUUUGGAACACCAGGAGUGGCAGCAGAACAGAAUGAAAUUAUUCCUAAAUGCUAAAGACACUGAAAUAUCCAAGAAAAAGGAAGAAGAGACUUUUCUAGAAUCAGAGGGUUCUGAAAGAGCAAGUGCUUUGGCUAGAAUCAAGUACAAGUCUUACUCUGCGGUUGUUGAGGCUUCCAAAUCCAGAAGACAUCGUCAAGUAAGAUUAGAAUCUUCUGAAUCAGAAUUAAAUAGUGGGAAAUCUCCAAGCCCAAAUAAAAAAAGACGUAGGAGACCACAGCCAGCAUGGAGAGGAGAUUCUCUGGAAAGGAAAGGUCAAAAGCAAGGGGCAACAGGAAGUAUUACUCAGCAUAUUGGGAUGCCUGUAAUCAUGGAAGAAGAGAACUCAGAUGAAGGAGAAGGAUCUCUCCCCAAGAGGAAAAGAAGACGUUAGAGGAUACAGCUGGAGAAGUGCUAAUGUGAAUUUAAAUUAUAAAAUCUAAAUGUCAGAGGUAACAUGAAAUGCUUGGUUUUUUUAGUGCCUUUGAACAUACAACAUCAACUGUCUAGGACCAGAACUAUAUGAAACACUUAUCUGUCUUGUUGUACAGCACCUGGUGAAUGUUUUUUUUGUGGCAAAGUUGCUGUGCCCUGCUUGGGAUGGAAAGAGAAGAUAGUUGCUUGCAUUUAAUCUGUACAAUGUGGGCUAUCACAUGGAACUCAGGUUUUUAGCUGGAACUGUUACAAGAACAGCUCACAAAAUACUUGCUUGUAUGAGACGUAUUUGUGGUCAUUCAUCCCUGAAGGUAAAAUCAGGGUUACUGAGUGCUGAAAAUUAGUGCAAUAAAUUAUUUUUCACGGUU